GGCGGGGACACGCCCACUCCCUGCCCUUCAGCCAAUCCCAUCCGUCCCCCCAAUGGGUGGGGCAGGUGAGGUGAGAACAGGUGGGAACAGGUGGGGACAGGUGAGGGACAGGUGAGGUGAGGACAGGUGAAGUACACGUGAGGUACAGGUGAGAUAGAGAUGAGGACAGGUGAGAUACAGGUGAGAACAGGUGAGACAGAGGUGAGGACAGGUGAGGACAGGUGAGAUAGAGGUGAGGACAGGUGAGAUACAGGUGAGAUGAGGACAGGUGCAAACAGGUGAGGACAGGUGAAAUACAGGUGGGAACAGGUGAGGACAGGUGAGAUACAGGUGAAGUACAGGUGAGAUAGAGAUGAGGACAGGUGAGAUAGAGGUGAGAGGGUGAGAUACAGGUGAGACAGAGGUGAGGACAGGUGAGGACAUGUGAGAUGAGGACAGGUGAGGUGAGGACAGGUGAAAUGCAGAUGAGAACAGGUGGGGACAGGUGAGGCACAGGUGAGGUGAGGACAGGUGAAGUACAGGUGAGAUAGAGAUGAGAACAGGUGAGAUAGAGAUGAGAACAGGUGAGACAGAGGUGAGAACAGGUGAGAUACAGGUGAGAGGUGAGAGACAGGUGAGAUACAGGUGAGAGACAGGUGAGGACAGGUGAGGACAGGUGAGAUGAGGACAGGUGCAAACAGGUGAGGACAGGUGAAAUGCAGAUGAGAACAGGUGUGAACAGGGGAGGCACAGGUGAAUUGAGAACAGGUGAAGUACAGGUGAGAUGAGAACAGGUUCGAACAGGUGAGGUCAGAACAGGUGAGAUACAGGUGAGGUGUGGUACAGGUGAGAUGAGAACAGGUUAGAACAGGUGAGGUGUGGUACAGGUGAGAUGAGAACAGGUGAGGUGUGGUACAGGUGAGAGGCGCAGUACAGGUGUGAUGUGCCAGGUGUGAUUAGUACAGGUGUGCUGGGUCCAGGUGUGACAGACAGCACAGGUGCAGCGCCCACCCCAAUCCAUGCAACAGCAGCCACAGGUGCCACAGGUGUGUCACAGGUGUGCCACAGGUGUGCCACAGGUGUGCCACAGGUACCACAGGUGUGUCACAGGUGUGUCACAGGUGCCACAGGUGUGCCACAGGUGUGUCACAGGUGCCACAGGUGUGCCACAGGUGUGUCACAGGUGCAAUGACCCCCCCCAAUCCAUGCAACAGCUGUCACAGGUACCACAGGUGCAUCACAGGUGUAUUACAGGUGUGCCACAGGUGUGUCACAGAUGUCCCCCUAAGCCCAUGCAGCAGCCACAGGUGUGCCACAGGUGUACCACAGGUGUGUCACAGGUGCAAUAGCCCCCCCCAAUCCAUGCAACAGCCGCCACAGGUACCACAGGUGUGUCACAGGUGUGUCACAGGUACCACAGGUGUGCCACAGGUGUGUCACAGGUGCAAUGACCCCCCCCCAAUCCAUGCAACAGCUGUCACAGGUACCACAGGUGCAUCACAGGUGUAUUACAGGUGUGCCACAGGUGUGUCACAGAUGUCCCCCCAAGCCCAUGCAGCAGCCACAGGUGUGCCACAGGUGUACCACAGGUGUGUCACAGGUGCAAUAGCCCCCCCCAAUCCAUGCAACAGCCGCCACAGGUACCACAGGUGUGUCACAGGUGUGCCACAGGUGUGCCACAGGUGCAACAGUCCCCCCAAUCCAUGCAGGAGCCACCACAGGUGUGCCACAGGUGUGCCACCCCCCCUCCCAAAGCCAUGCAGCUGGUGCCAGGUGUGCCACAGGUGCGAUGGGUGCCCCCCACCCCAUGCAGAGUGCCAGGUGUGUAACAGGUGUGCCGCAGGUGCCACCCCCCCCCCAAGACCAUGCACACAGUGCCAGGUGUAUCACAGGUGUGCCACAGGUGAGCCACAGGUGAGCCACAGGUGUGUCACAGGUGCCACAGGUGAGACACAGGUGUGCCACAGGUGUGUCACAGGUGCAAUGGGUGUGUCACAGGUGUGCCACACAUUUGAUAGCCCCACAAUCCAUGCAGCAGGUGCCAGGUGUGUCACAGGUGUGUCACGGGUGUGUCACAGGUGUGACCACCCCAUCCAUGCAAUGCCCCAGGUGUGAUGGGUGUCACAGGUGUGAUGGGUGACUCAGGUGUGACAGGUGUCCAAGGUGUGAUGGAAGCCCCGCCCCCCAGGUGUAACAGAUGUCCCAGAAGCCCCUCACCUUCCCCAGGUGUGCUGGAAGCCCCGCCCCCCAGGUGUCCCAGGUGUGAAUGACACCCCAGGUGUGCUGGAAGCCCCGCCCCCCAGGUGUGAAUGACACCCCAGGUGUGCUGGAAGCCCCGCCCCCAGGUGUGAAUGACACCCCAGGUGUGAUGGAAGCCCCGCCCCCCAGGUGUGAAUGACACCCCAGGUGUGAUGGAAGCCCCGCCCCCCAGGUGUGACUGACACCCCAGGUGUGAUGGAAGCCCCGCCCCCCCAGGUGUGACUGACACCCCAGGUGUGCUGCAAGACCCUCCCCCUAGGUGAGCCAGAAGCCCCUCCCCUAGGUGUGAUGGACACCCCAGGUGUGAUGGAAGCCCCGCCCCCCAGGUGUGAAUGACACCCCAGGUAUGAUGGAAGCCCCGCCCCAACCAGGUGUGAUGGACACCCCAGGUGCCCCCUAAGCCCCGCCCCCCCACGUGUGAUGGACACCCCAGGUGUGAUGGAAGCC